UCCAAUAGUAUGACGCGAAGAUUUGUCGCGGUGUGUCAUGUGGUGUGUGCGUGUAAACACGGCUCCGUUCUGGCCUUCUUCGUAAACAUAAGUUAGAGGAUACUUCUCAAAAUCUACGUCUCCUAGGAUGUGAAUAAAAUUCAGUUUUUGUGAAGUGCCAACCUGUUGCACGGCGCCCAGUCAUCUGCAACAGCUGCAACGCGUGUGUGCUUCGAUCGCUUACAUUGUUGUGCCUGCAACAGCGACAAUUAUCGUAGUGUUAAUCAGUAGGCAUUAAAAUAAUGGAUAUUUAAAGUUAAUAAUUGUGCAGUUCUUUCUGGAACCUACAAUCACAAUUCUUUACAAAUAUACACAUAAAAAUAUUUUGUUUCUAUAUCCGUUGAACCAAGACCACAAGUGAAGAAUCAAAGUGUGGAUUUAAAUUUAAAGCAUACACGACCUUUAACGCUUCCAAAUAAUCAUUCGUAUUAUUAACUGCAUAAGGAAAAGUAACCCUGAGAUUCUAAUUCUACAUAAGUAACAAAAUGGAGGAACACUACCUUUGCCAACUUUACGCACCCAUCAACAACACACACAACAGAUCCUUCACUUUCCCUCCAACACCUCCUUCACCGGCACCUCUAGCACCCCACUGUGACCCCCAGUGGUCAACAUAUCUCCCCCAGCCCCUGGACACGAUGUUUGGAUGCUCCCCAUUCCAGACAUCUGACCCAAACCAGCUAUCUGACACUCCGGAACGCAACAUGUACCAAAAGUGUGAACAGAAAACCAACUUAAACCAGGAAUAUAUUACGUCACCGAAUGGAAUGGCUGUACUUGAAGGGGCCAGUCUGUCGCCUAGUAACAGUGGAGAAGCAUCGGAUAAAGAUAUUCAACCAAAAUAUACAUUCCAGGAAGUGAACUUCAACCUGUUUCACAAACAAGACUGCUCGAAUGCUGACACGUUCAAGAGAUAUCAGUAUCAGAUUCAUGGUAGCCAAUCUGAAAUGUUAUCGCACUACAUGACAGAAAACGGAGAGACUGCGCUUCAGAAUUCAAGAAAAUGCCAUCAAAAUACACAAAAAAAUGAAACAAAAUUUUUGUUCAAACAGAGCUACUUACAGAAUUCAGAAAAUGAAGAAAAUCAGUCUCCAGAAUACUCAAAUCGCACUGAAAUUGAUAUAAACCAUUUACAAGAUCAGUUUGCAUAUCAGUCUGUAAUAUUACAAAGCAACGUAGACGCACAUUCGCAACAUGAACAAGGCGUCAGCAGCUUCGACAGUGACGUAAUGAUGCUACAGGAAGACGGAAGGAUGUCUCAUCAACAAAUGACAGUCGAUGACAUCAAAUCAAUGCCGCUGAGUCAGGAAGAUGGCUCUGGAGGUGAUAUCUUCGGGGCAGCCGAAGCUUUCAACCACACGACAUCGGGCGGAGAGGGGGGAUUCCCGCAUUCGCAGACCUCGGCCUCUACACAAGAACUUCAGUUGCAGAAGCUGGGCACGAAGCCCCGCAAGGAACGAACCGCCUUCACCAAGCUCCAGAUCCGCGAGUUGGAGGAGGAGUUCGGGCACUCGAACUACCUGACCAGGUUGCGGAGGUACGAGAUUGCUGUUGCCCUGGACCUCACCGAGAGACAGGUGAAGGUGUGGUUCCAAAAUAGACGCAUGAAAUGGAAGAGGACCAAAGGCGGAUGCGAGAAAGGAGGGAGAAAACAGCAGGGAGCCCACAGGAAGAAGCAAGUGAUGACCGGAGACACUUCGGCCCAGCGGCACGCGAGCGUCCAGUGAAGUUACCCAUCGCCUACUUCCAUAAUUCUUAACAUAAUUUUACAUAAUAACAUUCACUCCUUGUUCUCAGUUCUUGUCACGGUUUUCAGAACUCAUACAGUUUCAGCAAUUGUUAACGUUUGAAAGAGAGUUGAAAAACGAAUUCUGAGUGUAUUUCCUACUUAAAAACAUCGACACGUACACUUGAUUUAAGCAUUUGUGACAUGAAGGAACCACCCAACGUCAGCGGAACGGCAGAGAUCGUGCAAAAUGCUCGUACCGUGCAGCACUGCCCGUAUUUCAGCAGAUACUGUAUUCAAGCCGCGAGAGACCAGCCAGUGAUGACACGGUUCCCAGUAGCAUAAUAUAACCAUGCAUUAAUACUGCGACACUUCUCGUUUCGGAAUAGCGCGGAUGGUAUAGCGACCGGCUACGGGCUGGACGACGGAGUGGUCCGAGUUCCAGUUCCGGUAGGGUAAAGAAUUUUCCC